AUGGGACAAACACUCAGUGAGCCAGUUGUAACGAAGGAGGGAUCGGUCUGUCAAUCAAGCGAGUACAACGUCGCUUCUUGUGCUAUGCAGGGAUGGAGAAUUUGUAAGACUUUAGCACUUCUGUUAUGUGUUUAGACAACAAGUCGUUCUUGUAUGGAAACAUCUUCAUUUAUAAUUUUAGCCAUGGAGGACUCACAUACCCAGCUCCUCAGCUGUCCUGAUGAUGAAAAAACGGCCUUCUUCGCUGUUUAUGAUGGUCAUGGUGGUGCGCGGGUUGCUCAAUUUGCUGGAAUGCAUUUGCAUAAACGUGUAGUUGGAAACGAACAAUUUGGUAGGCACCUUUUCAAAUGUUGUAAACUCUACACGGUUCUAAAACUUAUUUUUUGAUGUUUCAGCAAAAGGAGAUAUUCCAAAUGCCAUAAAAAGCGGUUUUCUGAAGAUUGAUGAAGAUCUUAGAAAUGACGAAGAAACCAAGGAGCAGAUGUCUGGAACAACAGCUGUGACUGUUUUGAUAAGAGAUGGAAAGAUCUACUGUGGAAAUGCUGGUGAUUCGCGUGCCGUUCUUUGUGAACAAGGAAAGGCAGUGCCUUUGUCCUUUGAUCAUAAGCCAACCAAUGAACCCGAGGUUCAGCGAAUUGUUUCUGCUGGAGGAUGGGUCGAGUCUGGUCGUGUUAAUGGAAACCUUGCUUUGUCUCGAGCUCUUGGUGACUUUAUAUUCAAGACUGGAGAAGAUAUUAAGCCGGAGGAACAAAUCGUCACUGGUAAGGAUUUUGGAGGAUGCAAUUGAAGUCCUUUCUCACAUCGUUUUUGACCUAAUGUAUUUUUUCAGCAUAUCCGGAUGUUAUUGAAGUAGAGCUGACCCGCGAUCAUGAAUUCAUUGUUCUUGCCUGCGACGGUGUUUGGGAUGUUCUGACAAACGAACAAGUUGUUUGGUUUGUUCGUAGUCGUUUGGCUUCUGGAGUUACUCCAGACAAGGUAUGAAGUCUAAAAUUGUUUUAUCUUUUGGAUUUAGAUCUGCGAGGAAUUGUUGAAUCGCUGUUUGGCCCCUGACUGCGAGCUCUCCGGAGUUGGUUGUGACAACAUGACUGUGGUUUUGGUUUGCCUUUUGCAAGGUGACACUCCCGAACAGUAUCUGGAGCGUGUCCAGCGCAAGUCUAUUGUGGAGGAAGAGGAGUUUGGAGAAAUUUACCAUCAGUCUUCUUCAAGCGGAGUAUCCAACAACCAGGCCGAGCUCCUGAAGAGUCUUCAUGAUCAGAUAAGGAUGCAGUUAAUGGGCGGUGUAGGUGUAGAUUUCGAAGACGAUGACGAAGGAGAUGAAGAAGAGCAUGCGAGUAAGGGAGGGGUGGAAGAAGUUGAUGACGACAAGACUGAUGAGAAGGAUCCGAAAUCUGAAGACUCAAGACAGAGUAAGGAGAACUUUGUUACUCCUUCUCAAUCUCCUGAAUCUCCCGAAAAGAGCUCUGCAGAAGGACGUUCUUGUAGGUUUAUCUUAUUUUUAGAACAAGUUGACUUGCUUAUUUUAGCCGAUGAUGCUCCUCCAUCUGAGUUUAGAGUUCCAGAAGCUGAGAAGGAAGAAGCGAAGACCAAUUGA